GCCCGGCCCAUUGCUGAUGUCAGGGCCCAGGAGGCUCACUCUCACUCUAGUUAAGCUCCCUAGCCCUCACGCCCUGAUCAUCCCAUCAUCGAUCAGCAAGUGAACCUUCGGAUGUUGAUUGAGACCGCUGUCCAGGUCCAGCACUGCCCUCUCGCAGUACUGGUCCGUGUAGCCCAUACAUUCUCUUUGUGAAGGGUCUCUGAGUCUCUCAGGUGUGCACAUUCUAUGCAGUUAAUCAGUCGCUUAUAACUUGUGGUCCUCUCGGCCUAGUGGUUGCGCAUUCAGUUCUUUGUGGGCGCGUCUAUCCUAACAUCAGAGUAGACCAAGGGCAUUGGAUGUGUCGCUGUCUGAUCGGUUCCAACUGAUUCUGUGUCCAGCUGAGUGUAAUCUGGCUUCCGAUACCUGAGCUCUUCAACAGAAGAGUGCGACGAUCCAGCUCCAUACGUCAAUAUAAGUGCAAUCGCUUGGGGUUAGACGUCUUCUGAAAAUAUGGCCAUUCGUGCUAGCUGCUCAUGGCUUCUCGCUGUUGUCAUAAUAGGCACACUACUACUUGACCCAGCUCAAGCGAGAUGGUCUGGUCCUAUUCCAUCUCCAGCGUACGCACCGUCACACGUAUCCUACCCUCCGAAGGAUUCUCAUCCAACAUACGCCCCUUACUCUCCACCUAGUGAAAUCCUCCCUCCUGCUUACGCGCCAGAAACGACGCCAGCAGCGUCCUCUCCUUACACCCCUCCUGCUGCACCGUCUCCUUACACUCCUGCUGCACCGACUCCUUACAUUCCUCCUACUGCACCGUCUCCUCACACUCCUCCUGCUGCUCCAUCUCCUUACUCUCCUCAUUCUGCACCAUCCCCUUACACCCCUCCUGCUGCACAAUCUCCCUACUCUCCUCAUUCUGCACCAUCCCCUUACACCCCUCCUGCUGCACAAUCUCCUUACUCCCCUCAUGCUACUCCCACACCCGUGUACGCCCCUUACAAGGCACCGUCCCCCGUUGCACAAUCUCCUUACACUCCAGCUGCCCCUACACCUGCGUACGCCCCCUACCAGGCCCCAUCCAGUCCAACUCAAGCUCCUUACUACACUCCUGCUCCUGCGACUUACGCCCCUGCGCCGGACGUAGCUCCGCCCACUGCUGAACCUGUCCCUUCACCAGCAUAUGCACCCGUCGUGUCUCCAGCAGGCCCUGCAUAUACCCCCUGGAUGGCUCCUUCCGGAUCUCCCACCCCUACCCCGUCGUACUCUCCAUCUUACACACCAUCCUUUGAACCAGUUCCGUCUCCUGCACUUUCACCUGCACCAGUGCCCACGCCUGAUUCAUUUUCACCGGGACCAGCCCCUGCAUCUUUCGCGCCAGCCAGCUCUACGCCGAAUCCGUCCGCUUUGACACCCGGAGAAGAAGUUCCUCUCUCUAGCGACCCUAUCGCAGCGCCUGCUGAUUCUGUGAGCGCUGGAUCGAGUUCAUCGACGCGGUUAAGGUGGGUAUUUGCGAUAGCAUCCGUCAUCACUGCAGUCGUGCAAUUCACGAUGUGAGGAUGUUUAUCUUUCUAUUAUCUGCCACUUCGAUGGCUCCACAUUCAUAUUUUGUUCCUACCAAUUCACAUUCUGAAGCGGGAAUUUUUUAGUUAGCUCGCAUACUGAGAUAAUACUCUUCUUGUAAAGGAUUUUCGACCUCGCCAUUAUAAAUAAAGUCUUUGACUAGACGAACA